AUGCCUAGACAUCUCAUCAUUUCUGCGCCCAAACACCCCCCUUCCCUCACUCAAUUCUCUCUUCCUUCCCUCUCAUUCAUUCCCUCAAACAACUCCAUUCAUUUUUUCAUGUUCGCGAAUUUCUCAUGUAUACUACAAUUUUUAUUUUACGUAUCCGAUCGAUGCGUUUUGGCUGUAAAGUGUCUUUUUCUCUUUUUAAAACAUUUAAAAUAUUGCUUCUUUUGUUCACGUCACACUGAUUGAACAGGGGGAAAAAUUGCUUGUCAUUAUAGCUAUUGCUUUGACAAAUACUAGCUGACUUUGUAAAAUACAUAUACUUGACAUUGUUAAAUAAAAAAAUAUAAUUUUUAGUAAUAUGUGUAG